AUGAGUGCCCAUUUUGCCUAUUUUCUUAUUCAUACGACAUGUUCUACAAAAUAUGACCGUUUUUACAAUGAUUUACAAGAAAUGAUCAUUGAAGAAAAAUAUAUUUGUGAAAUUCAAAAAUCAACUGGUUUAAAUAAAGAAUUAGUUUUGGAGUUGUCGAAGCUUAAAAAUCAAUAUGAAGAAUGUAUGCGUAAAAUAGAAUCAAACGAAUCAAAAUGUGAUCUACCGGCUUUAUAUAAGUUGAUCAAAGUUAUCAGUGAAUAUCCUAUGGUGCGUGAACAAUUGACAACUGUUAAAAAAAGACAACAGAUGUUGAUUGAACAAUACGAAUAUGGAGUACAUAAAACUUAA